UGCACACUUUUUGCUACUCUGCUUACCUGUCACAGAAUAGAUAAGUCAUUGGUAGAGAAGGAUCCGGUGUUUAGCAAAGAAGAUGAUUACAUCCUGGAUCGCAGACGUGCUUAUGAGAGAGGUUUACAGAAAGGAUUAAGAAUUGUAGAGCUAGUGAAAGAACAUCAGAUAACUGAUCCUAACGAACAAAGCAUUUUAGGAAGGAGCACACAAACCCACCUGCCACACACCUUGCAUAAAGGGAUGUUCAUUCCUACCAUAAAGGGACAAGGAAGCGAAGAACAAAAAGCAAAAUGGCUGCCUCUUGCAGAGUCCUUUCAGAUAAUAGGAACAUAUGCCCAGACUGAAAUUGGCCAUGGAACUUUUGUGCGUGGCCUGGAGACAAUAGCAACAUAUGAUAAGACCACACAGGAGUUUAUUAUUCACUCGCCGACUCAUUCAGCGUGUAAAUGGUGGCCUGGAAAUCGUAUCACGAUAGGAGACAUUGGAGCCAAGUUUUCUAUGAUGUACAACGGGAGUGACAAUGGAUAUCUAAUGUUUGACCAUGUCCGUAUUCCACUAGACCAGAUGCUAAUGGGUCUUUCAAAGUUGUCCCCUGACGGAACCUUCACAAAACCAGCCAACUCCAAACUGUUGUACGGUACCAUGAGUUUGACGCGGGCAGGCAUUGUUGGCGACUCCUUCUGGCAGUUAUCAAAAGCGAUCACUAUCGCCAUUCGUUACAGUGCUGUGCGUCGCCAGGGUCAGCUGAAACAAGG